CGUAACCUCACUCCACAUAUUCACCCUCAAAACUCCAAACCCUUCAAAAACCCUUUUUCUUUCUUCUUCUGUUCUUCAUUUCAGAGUUUCAACUUUCUAGUUUCUAACCAACUCAAAAAAAAAUACACAAAAUUCCCAACUCGAAAUCUUGCAAAUGGCGUUUCUACGCAAACAAAAUCUUGGCAAUUUCCGCCAUUAUUUAACCUCUAAUUCAUCCCAACAAAUUAAACAUCAUCAUUUUUGCAAUAACACCAAGCAUACUGUUUCUCAUCAUUAUCAUCAUCAAUUGUUACAACAGCAACAAUUUCAACAAAGUUAUGUUAAGUAUUACUCCAGAUUUUCGAAUUUGUUUAGAAAAUCAGGGAAAAAUAUUGACGUUCCUACCUCACCAAUUUUAUUUGGGUCAUUGAAUUUCUCAUCAACAUCAACAAAAUCAUCGAUUUUAUCGAGAUUUAGGGUUAUUGAGUGGUAUUUAGGGAUGAUUAAAUCUCGCCCUGUUCUUACCAAAAGUGUUACUUCUUCUUUUAUUUACAUUGCCGCCGACUUAACCUCUCAGACAAUUGGAUUGCCAUCUUCUGAGCCAUAUGAUUAUAUUAGGACACUACGCAUGGCUGGAUAUGGUUUGUUAAUAUUAGGACCAACACUGCAUUAUUGGUUCAAUUUUAUGUCAAGAAUUCUUCCAGGAAGAGACUUAGUGACUACAUUGAAGAAAAUGGCUUUGGGGCAGACAGUUUACGGACCAUUUAUGACAGUUGUUUUCUUUUCCAUGAAUGCUGCUCUGCAAGGUGAAGAUGCCACGGAAAUUGUCGCAAGAUUAAAGCGGGAUUUACUUCCAACAAUGCUAAAUGGUGUUAUGUACUGGCCAAUGUGUGAUUUUAUCACAUUCAAAUUUGUACCUGUCCAUUUACAGCCGCUAGUGAGCAAUUCAUUUUCGUAUCUGUGGACUGUUUAUAUGACAUACAUGGCAAGUCUGGAGAAAGCAAGCUUGGCUUGAUGAUGCAAAAAUCAUUCAGGAGCUGGGUUACCACUUUUUGGAACAAAUUUAAGAAUGCGAUGAUGGAUUAUAAGUCUGUUCGGUGCCUUCAGCUGUCAAAGCAAUGGAAUCAGCUUUCUUGCCUAAUAUUGUUGAGCAGGGGAUAGCUGGUUAUGUUUUGUAAUAUAUUUUAAAAUCAAGUGUAAAACGGUACCUUAUUAAUUUAUCAGCUUUUUUAUAA